CGCGCGCAAAGUCCUUUCACGACUUUAACAACACACACAGCACAAAUUAGAGACAAGCGAACGCAAUAAAAAAAAAACAACAACAACAACGACAAAAAGGCCGAGCAAACACGUCGUGCAUUGUAGUACGAGCGCGAGCACGAGUCAUCGAUGCGCAGUUGGUUGUGCGGUCGCUAGCGAAACGCAGCGUCGCAAAGUCGGCUAAAGUUGGCUAAAGUCAGCAAGGCGCUUAAGCUUAGUGUAUAGUUGGCUAGAAUACUAGCACAGUGUUGCAUAGUGUAUAGUGGCGCAGAGCAGCGUGUUUGCCAGCGGUCGUUGGUGUUUGUUAGUGACGUCGGUCAAAGUACUGCUGCACUUACGUUGAGCUCGAAGUAAUGCUAACGGUGCUGAAUUGACGUAAUUAGUAUUAGCGCAAGAAAAAUAAAAUAGAAUUGUCGCGAAAAUUGGCAAAAAUAAGAAUAAUAUGUGAAAUAUAAAUGGAAAAAGUUGUGUUUAUUUGAAAAAGUGUUAACCAUAACGUGAGGGAGGAAAUACUGCAUACGCCAGCGAACUAUGACAAUCUCACAGCGAUACCAAGUGAGAUGAGUUGAAACAUUUUUUUUAUUAUCCACUGUGAUUAUCAUAAUGCUGGAUAAAUACAUAAAUCUACUAUUGCCAUGCAGUCUGGGAUUGAUAUGGAUUUGGCUGACUGAUUCAACGGAUGCCUUAAUGAACUACACGGCCAAACCUCGCGUAGUCCUUCCACCUAAUUAUGUCAAGGAAAUGAGACCACCUUCCAAGAAAGGCUCUCCAGUGAUAGUAGACUUUAGCAUAUUUGUUGUAGAUAUUAACUCAAUCAAUGUAGAGGAUAUGGACUUUAGGGUAGACAUGUUUAUACACCAACGUUGGAACGAAUCGAGGCUCGAGGUCUCCGAUGAUAUAUUCGAGGAAGGCGAUGAUUAUGUGACACUACUUCCAGAAUUCUUCGAUAAUCUCUGGCAACCGGAUCCAUAUUUUUUGAAUUCGAAAAUUGCCGAGAUAGCAACACUAACGCACAAAUUCACCUCAGUGACUUUAUAUAAAAAUAAAACGGUACGCUAUGCGGCGCGAAUGCAUGCGAUCAUCGCCUGUCAAAUGGAAUUCCAACUCUAUCCGAUGGACAUACAGGUGUGCCCCAUAUAUAUAGAAAGCUUCUCAUCGAAUAAUCAAAAAGUGAAAUUACGUUGGUCCGACUCUGGCGUCACUUUGAAUCCCGAGCUCAAAUUGCUGCAAUACAACCUUGGCCAACCGCUCGAGCUGGAGGAGAGUGACGGCUAUAUGCCCGAGAAGGUUGGCAAUUUUUCACGUCUCACAGUGUAUUUCCGAUUUGAGCGGCAAAUCGGACAUCAUCUCAUACAGACGUUCGCGCCUUCAUCGCUCGUUGUAAUGUUGUCCUGGUUUAGUUUUUGGUUGGGACUCGAUGCCAUACCGGGUCGUGUGACGUUGUUGGUCACAUGCAUGUUAACUUUGGUCACCAUGUUCACCGGUCUUAGAGCGGAUAUACCGCCAGUUGCCUAUGUGAAGGCUCUCGACCUUUGGAUGGCCGGUUGUAUGGUGUCUGUAUUUGCAGCUUUAGCGGAAUUUGUCGUUGUGAAGGUGUUGGAUGUACAAUACCAGUAUCAAGUGAAUAAGAUACCGAAAGUCUUGCCGAUGCGCAUAAGCAACAUGGAAAAGGGUCAAUGUGCAACGGUGGCCAGCUGGGAAGGCGGCGCAGUGCGUUCACGCAAAUCCACACAAACACCAACAACGCCUGGACAGACUUCGUUGCAGGGCAACGGCGGCCCACCGAAGCCGGCGCGUCGACAAAGUCUACUAUCGGUGGCCUGGACCGACACCGACACCGGUGUGGAGAAGAUAAUGUGGCGCGAAAUCGAUAAAGUAUCACGUGCCGUAUUUCCCAUAUUAUUUUUCGUCUUCGUACUACUCUAUUGGCCCAUAUUGCUUAUGAAGUCAUCCUAGGAUUUACGGAGUUCCAGAAUACCGAAUUCUGGACUCCGCUGAAACAAUAAUGCCCACAGAUAUACACUUGUAUGUAUUGCGUCGGCGCACAUAAACAAAGCAAAAUAUUUACUUACAUACAUACGUACAAAGAUUUGUAUGUAUUUGUAUUUAGUACGAGAUUAUGAAACAACAAACACAUGCUCGCAUAUGCAAAAUUGUAGUUAGUGUAUAAAUGCUACAAAUAAGUAAUGAGUUUUUAGCUGAAUUAACAAAUAUAUUUUAAAUUAA